AUGAAAUACUGUUUUUUAAUAAUUGAAACAGUAAUUGAAAUCUUUUUUUCUUGUUUAACAGCUUGGAACAGUACAUUUCUUAAUCAAACUACUUACGCAGUUGGUACAAAUCCAAUGGGAGUGGUAGUAGCCGAUAUAAACAAUGACAAUAAAUCCGAUAUUAUUGCUACAAAUGCUCGUUCAAACACUACCAGUGUUCUUCUCAAUACAGGCAACGGUACUUUUUCUCCUCAAACUACUUACUCGGUUGGUGCAUAUCCAGUGGGAGUUGCAGUAGCCGAUGUAAACAGCGACAAUAAACCCGACAUUGUUACUGCAAAUUCAAAUUCAGGCACAGUCAGUGUUCUUCUCAACGUAGACAGCGGAACUUUUUCUCCUCAAACUACUUAUACAGUUGAUAAAUUUUCAUGGUCAGUAGCAGUAGUUGAUGUGAACAGUGACAAAAAACUCGAUAUUGUCACUGCAAAUGAUGUUUCAAACACCAUCAGUAUCCUUCUCAACAGAGGCAAUGGCACGUUUUCUCCUCAAACUACUUACCCAGUUGGUUUACGCCCAUUUGCAGUAGCAGUAGCUGAUGUAAACAAUGACAACAAACCUGAUAUUGUCACUGCAAAUUAUGGUUCAGACACCGUUAGUGUUCUUCUCGGCAUAGGCAAUGGCAUUUUUUCUCGUCAAACUAAUUACUCAGUUGGUCCAUCUCCGUGUGCAAUAGCUGCAGUCGAUGUGAACAACGAUAAUAAACUCGAUAUUGUCACUACAAAUGGUGGUUCAAAUACCAUCAGUAUUCUUCUCAACACAGGCAACGGUACUUUUUCUCCGCAAGCUACUUACCCAGUUGGUCGAGCUCCACACUCAGUAGCAGUAGCCGAUGUGAACAGUGACAAUAAACCCGAUAUUAUCACUGCAAAUCAGGGUUCAAACACCAUCAGUGUUCUCCUCAACGUGGACAAUGUCACUUUUGCUCCUCAAGUUACUUACGCAGUUGGUUACAAUGCAUGGUCAGUAGCAGUAGCUGAUAUGAACAGCGACAAUAAACCCGAUAUUGUCAUUGCAAACCACGGUUCAAACACCAUCAGUGUUGUCCUACAGUGUUAA